CAUGAUAACACAGAUCUAAAAAUAGAGUGGACUUAAAAAGAACAAUAGGCUCUCACAUGCAAUGAAAAAAAAUGGGAUUGAUUUAUUCAGACCACGGGUAUUUGAAAGCACGUUCGUUGUAAGAAAGCAGAUUUUUUUCCAAAAUCUGCAUCAACAGACUGGCAGUGCAAACUGGAGGGGAAAGAAAACAAAAUGGAGGCAGUGGUGUGUAUCACCGAAUUAGCAGGCCUCUUCCUAUCACUGUCUGGCUAUGUGUGUUGCCUGGUAGCCUUAUUUAUUCCUCAAUGGUUGACCUAUUCUCCAGGCCUUCUCGUCAGUGAAUAUUACCAGCUCGGCUUGUGGAAAACAUGUUUUGUUCAGGAUGUGGGUCUAAGUGUAUGUCAAGAAUACCAGACUCCACUGCACCUUACUCCUCAAAUCCGAAUGGGUCGUGUCCUGGUGUGCCUCUCAGUGUUCCUUGGAGCCUUAGGAUUUAUAGCUUCAGUGCCUACAUUGACUUGGGUGAAAUGCCUUGACGACACAGAAAGCAAUGUGAAAAAGACGCUAGCACUUCUUGGAGGAAUCCUUUUUGCAGUGUCAGGUGCCCUGACUUUUGGCUCUGUGUCCUACUUUGCUUAUGACACUUUGGUCAAAUUUUGGGACGAUAACAUCCCUAAAGACAUUCCCCGCUGGGAAUUUGGAGAUGCAAUGUAUGCUGGCUGGACAGGCGGUUUCUCUAUCUUAUCAGGAGGUAUUGUACUGAUUUUCUCACAGUUCCGUGCUUCUCAAGAUUCUGAAUUAAAAUGACCUAAAAGUGGACUUUAAUGGCAUAUUUAAAACUGGUUUUGGCACUACUUAUAGCAGCAUUUAACUAAAUGGGCUAUUGGAUAUGACAACUGCAUACCUUCUGCUGGGUUCUACACAGUACGUCGAACAAGUAGAUAGCAAUAGAGUGUUGUACCAUGUUGGCCAUCCUUUAAUGCAGAAAGGUUGGAGUUUAAGCGAUACAGUUUAAUGAC